GCAAAAAUGCGCGAACCGCCGGACCGGAAAUCCCUUCAGGUAGUCCAGAGAAGCGUCGUUAGACGAAGACCCUUAAAAGAGCUGGGAUGGGCCGAAGCCGUUCUAGGUCCCCACCUCGCAGAGAACGCCGGCGCUCUAGAUCCACCUCAAGAGAGAGGGAGAGGAGGCGGCGGGAGCGGUCAAGGUCCCGGGAACGAGAUAGGAGGAGAAGUCGUUCCCGUUCACCACACAGGAGGCGAUCAAGGUCUCCCCGGCGACACAGAUCCAGCUCCUCUUCCCCUUCCCGACAGAAAGGAAGAGAUGAUGAAAAGAAAGAAAUCAAAGACUCCAAAGGCAAAGAGCGCCAGAUCACAGAGGAAGAUCUAGAAGGGAAAACAGAGGAAGAAAUAGAAAUGAUGAAAGCAAUGGGCUUUGCAUCCUUUGACACAACAAAAGGCAAGAAAGUGGAUGGCUCAGUAAAUGCCUAUGCUAUAAAUGUAUCCCAGAAGAGGAAGUACAGGCAGUACAUGAACAGGAAAGGUGGAUUCAACAGGCCUCUAGAUUUUAUUGCCUGAUACCUGCACUUUUGAUACAUAAAGAGACUUCACUAUAAUUGUCUUAGCAGCAGUUAUCUGAGGCAAAGUGGACAGUGAGCUCAUCUGGGAAACGUUCGUGAAAAUGACUUUUAUCUCAUAAUGGGAGAUGGUAACGUUUUUGGUUUUCUCAAAAUGGCCUCCAUUUGUCUUUCUUGUCUUUCUUUUUUGGAGUGGGGGAGUAGGUUUCCAUUUUUUAAAUGUUGCCCCUAAAAUUAAGCGUAGAAAAGAAGAAUCUGUUUCCUGGAGCACACUUCCAGUCAGAGUAUAAUGAGAAGAUUAACAUUAGGACUGCAAAUUGCAUUUGUUUUGCAGACGCUUGCAAAAUAUGUUGUUAAAUACACAACAUAAGACUUUAUUUUUGUGUUUCUGAUGAAAGCUUGGUGGGGGAAAGCCUGCUGUGCAGCAACCUGUUGCCCCCCUCCCAAUCUAUUUCCAGUCCUGCUUUUGGUGGCUUUUAGUAUCUUCAUUCCACUUCUCUCCGGCAGAGGGCACUGCAGUUGUUUUGGCUGUAACCAUUGUUCCCUUGUAGGAUAUCCCUGUAGUGCUGUGGGUGACUUCCUCCCGAUGUUUACAGAACAAAUCAUUUGGUUUUUUGUGCAAUUGAUGAUGCACCCAGUUCUGCACACUAAUAUUUGUGUCACUUUCAGUACAGAAUUUUUAAAAUAGAUUUCGGUGGAUGCUUUGUGGGCCUAUAAGGAUCUUAGUAAGAGCUCAGCCUGAGACAUAAAAAAAGCAACCAAUGCUGACUUCUACCCUUCUUUAAGCCACUGGAACUAGUGGGGUCAUCACCACUUCUUGAUGCCAACUCUACAUUAUGUACAGUGUUCCCGUGAAAGACAUCAUACAGGGUUUCAGAGGAAGUGGAAGGCUAGCAGGUGUAUUGGAUGCUUUCUCCUGCUGCCAUUUCUAAUUAAUGUUCUGAGGGUUUUUUAAAAAAAGAGAUAACACUUAGAAAGCUUAUGAUGAAACGUGAGGUUAUGGAAGCAUAGUGAAAAGUGAAUACAGUAGAUUGGUACAAGCUACCACUUUGUGAAAUUGGAAACUUUCUGAUGGAACAUGCACAUGUAAGUGUAGGACAACGCUUUUGUGGCUACGGGCUUUUUGGGUUUUCCAUUUUAGAAAGUGAAUGCUAUUAAGAUUGUGUCCUCCCCCCCCCUUUCAGAGUUUUUACCACUGAAGGCUGCAGCCCAAGACACAAUGUAAAUUAAGAUAAAACCCUGCAUAAUUCUGCCAGACUUUCAUCUGAGUUAAGGACGUCCUUGUUUUCAGUUGUUUUGCUAGCGUCAUGCACAGUUGAAUAUGCCUGAUACCUUUUUCUGCUUCCACAAUGAAUUUCACACAGGCACAAUCCUGAUUAGGAUCACUUGCUCAAUUUCCUUUGACCUAGAAUGGUAAUAUGAUUUAUUCCUCCUACACAAGUAAAUGUAGAGUCCUGAAGCUAACAGGAUGUUGCCAGCAUGCAGUCCAAGCGGGUGUGCCUUGCACAAGAUUAUCCCAUAGAUAGACUGAAGUCAAGCUUGUCAGAUCACAUGAAGGAGUUCUUGGACUGUACACUCUACUCUGUUUAUAAAGUUCACUAGUCAUGGUUGGGGGAAUGAAAUAGUUGAAAGCUAGUUGAGAUACUCCAAAAAAGGGGGCAGAAGGUUGAAGAAACACCACUCAAGACUAGUUGUCUCUCACCUAAGUGAUUUCUUUAACUCCCUGUUUCUUUGGGUACUACAGAAAUGGUUCUGAAUGAUAUCACUUUACCCUGUUUUGGAACUUCUUAAAUGAAAAGGGAAUUGUAGGGAGAGGCAAUCCUUCCUUGAGAGGCUACACACAGUGAGACUAAUCCAUAAGCUUGCAUUGACUGAUCUAUGGAUGUGUUAUGUGUAUGAACUUGUACAAUCUAAGCAUGCAUUCACGGUGUAGUACAUAAGUGUGUAUAGGUAGUGGUGGAAAGACUGUCAAAUUGCAGCUGACAUGACCUUGUUGCGUUUUCAAGGCAAGAGAGGAUCAAAGGUGAGAUGUCAUUACUUGCUUCUGUACAUCCACCUUUGGCUUUCUUGGUGGUCUCCCAUCCAAGUACUAACCAGGGCUGACCCUGCUUAGCUUCAGUGGACUAUUGAAUGUGUGUUUAAAUGUGUAGCUUUAAUAUUGGACAGUCAUAUCUCUUCCCCCCCCCCCCCCCUUUAACUGACCUGUGUUCUGGAAUAGAGAACUGCAUGGUGUGUUACAUCAGGCUUUUGGCUACUUGUUUCCGACAGCAACUUGCAGUCUCCAAUACCACUUUGCAAAAUUGUUUAAUAUUGGGGGAGCUACUGUGCUCAUGAGUGGGAUGGGAGUCUCACUACAGGCACCUGAAAUUUUUCUGCCUUUUGUUAAGGUUUUAGUAUGUUACUUGCCUCUUCAUCAUGUCUGUGAAUUGUUCCAUAAGUAAAGCCAGAAUAGUGUGGUGGAUACUAA